AUGAGUAACUUUAGUGCAUAUACCGUUCAUAUACCUCCGCAGGUGUACGAUAUCGAUGUGAAGGUACGCGACGCCGCAAUGGCUGUGCUAUCGGAUGCAGCCGCGCAUAUGUCAUGCCUCACAGAACUCAUCGCACAACGACCGCCACUAAGACAUAUGGGCGAGAAGGCUGAUCCACUAUACCUAAG